AUGCCGCUGACGCAGCCCCUGCGUUGCAGGCUACGUCCUCUCCACUUAAGGGUUUCCAAUAUUGGAUCCGCUCAACGCCGUAUACUUACCUCUGCGCCUAUUUUAAAGAACCCGGCUUCCUUUCUUUUUCAUUCGAGACCACGUUCCCUUCCUUCCACUUUGAAAAUGACCCAAUCCAGAGGCCAUGGCAGCCAUGGCCAUGGCCAUCAUCAUCAUCACGACAAUACCUACCUCACCUCCUCAAAUAAAAGCGACGCCGGUGUUCGCAUUACUCGCAUUGGUCUCGUCGCAAACCUGUGCAUGGCCAUUGGCAAGUUUAUUGGUGGCUACGUCUUUCACUCUCAGGCCCUGAUCGCCGACGCCUAUCACGCGCUCACCGAUCUGGUCUCCGAUUUCUUGACCCUCGGAACGGUCGCAUGGUCCCUCAAACCCCCCAGUGAUCGAUUCCCCAAUGGCUAUGGCAAGGUGGAGAGCAUUGGUGCUCUAGGUGUGAGUGGGCUGUUACUCUUUGGAGGCAUGUUCAUGGGUCUCAACUCGGGGCAAGUGCUGUUGGCUCAGUUCUACCCCGAGAUUGCGGAAACGGUAGCUCACUCGGGGGUGCUGGGACAUGGCCAUUCACACAGCCACGGGCCCAUUGGUCCCAGCAUUCACGCUGCGUGGUUGGCGGCAGGCUCAAUUGUGGUUAAGGAAUGGUUGUAUCGGGCCACUAUGAAGGUUGCCAAUGAGCGCAAGUCAUCAGUCCUAGCCUCCAACGCCGUUCACCACCGGAUCGAUUCCCUGACGAGCAUUGUCGCUCUAUUUACAAUUGGAGGAAGCUAUGUCUUCCAGGACGCUACCUGGCUGGAUCCAGUGGGCGGACUUCUGAUCUCCUUGAUGGUGAUCAAAGCCGGGUGGGGCAACACCUGCACGUCUCUGUUGGAGCUGGCGGAUACUACGGUGGACGAGGACGUCCGCAGCUCUGUGGAGGAAGCUACCUCCAAAGCCUUGAAGGAAUUGGAAGAGGGACAUGAAGUGAUUGUCCGCGACGUGCAGGGGAUGAAGUCUGGACAGAAUUACUUGAUGGAUGUGGAGUUGGCGGUGCCUGGCGCUUGGGCUGUCAGUCGGUCGCAUUCGAUUGAGACUGCCAUUCGCACCGCCAUUGGUGCUGAUGUUCGUGGAGUGAAGCGCAUCAAGGUCCGUUUCAUUCCAGCGGAACACCAGGAGCUUACCUUCUCGGAUGAGUUCGUUGCGCAAGACAUUGGCGGGGACCCUGAGGCCCACAGCCAUGAUCACAGCCAUCACAGUCAUCCGAAACAACAAUAG